UGAAUCAGGUUUAACUCAUGGUGAUUUUCAUGAUGGUAAUAUUUUAAUGUCAGAUGAUUUCAAUGAGGUAUUUAUUAUUGAUCUAGGAUUAUGUAAACCUAUAAGUGAUUUACAAGAUUCUGUUAAUGAAAUUUAUGGAGUUUUACCUUACAUGGCGCCUGAAAUAUUAAGAAGAAACCCCUAUACUCCAGCAAGUGAUAUUUAUAGUUUUUCAAUGAUAAUGUGGGAAUUUACAUCAGGUAUUCCUCCAUUUAAUCAUGAAGCACAUGAUCUUGACCUUAUCUUGGAUAUUUGUAAUCAAGAAAAACGUCCUAAAAUUGUAGAAAAUACACCAAAAUGUUAUAUAGAUUUAAUGAAAAAAUGUUGGGAUUCAGAACCUUCCAAUAGACCAACUAUAACAAUGCUUGAAACUAUUAUAUCUGAAUGGAUUAGAUGCAUUAAUGAACAUUAUAGAAUGAACAGUGAUGAAAGUGAUAUCUAUGGUAAAGCAGUACCUUAUAUUGAUAAUC